AUAGUGUUUCCGGUUUGGCUUGUCCCUCACUCAAAUCACUCCGUUAGCAAACGUAAAGAAGAAGAGGUUAUGGCAACAAUGAUUGAAGAAAAUGGUCCUUCGACUCAUGAGCAGUCUGGAGUGUCCCCUUCGUACCAGGCCCGGCAGAAACUAGAGGGGCUCCUGAACAAGAACAUGAGGAUCCGGAUGACCGACGGCCGGACUCUGGUCGGGCUUUUCCUCUGCACGGACCGAGACUGCAACGUGAUCCUCGGAUCUGCUCAGGAGUUCCUCAAAUCCACAGACACAUUCUCCCAAGGUGAACCCCGAGUCCUGGGCCUGGCCAUGAUCCCCGGUCACCAUGUAGUCUCCAUCGAGGUGGAGGCGGACAGUUUGGAAGAUGCACAGGGAUUUGGAGUGAACCAUUGAUGAGACGUUUACAGUUUGGAUGACACUCAAUGUGACAGUCUAUCUCAGAGAACCAACUUAAGGAGAAUGGACCUCUUUUGUAUGAGGAUUUCAUCCCUUCACCUUUGCUGAUCCAGAUCUGCUGUGUCCAUUCUGGAUUAAGCCGUCCCUUCUACGCUCGCAGCGGUGGCUGUAAAAUCCAGCCUGUGUGUGUGUGUUUCGAAGAAGGUGUUGGCAAACAGCAGCUACCUGGAUGUGUGUUGACAUUUUGUGUACAGUAAACUUCUUUGUUUGGAGACACAUAGCAGUAUUCAAGACUUUGUGUUCAGUGGAUGGAAAAUGUCCCGGGUGAUACAUGUUUUUUGGAGUUAGAAAGAAGUCAAAUAUUAUGGGUUACGUAUGCACCAACUGAUGAUAUUAAGAAUGCUUGGAAUAAAAAAUACUAUCUUUUAA